AUGAAACUCCACACAGCGACCGCUUUUCUCGUCGCUGUCUUCGCCAGAAGCACCCUUGCCACCCCCAUCCCAGGCGCCCUACAACGCCGCCAGAUCACCGAGCUCUACCCAGACGUCACCUCCCAGUAUAACGUGGGCACAGGGGCCAUCGACUACGACAUCGGGGUGGGGCUGAUCAGCAAGUCGCCCACCAACGGCGGGCAGGACAUCACCACGCUCGUGACUUUCGACAUCCCCGCCGCGUGGUCCUCGUACAACACCUGCCGGAUCGUUUUUACGUCGGCAGCCACCUCGUCCGUCUCCGGCUCUGGCCGCGCCGAUGCCUUCCUCUCCCUCGCCCCCGCCACAGCGUCCACCGCCUCCUGGCCUCCCGGGAACCUCCGCGACAUCCAUGUGGGCCGCUUACUCGCCGUCCCUGGCGCCGAGGCGACCUGGGAGCAGAGUUAUGUCGGACCCGACAUCCCGUGCGCGGAGCUGGCUGGCGAGGUUUACGGUGGCGAGCUAGUCGGCGUUUAUGAUACCGAUUACAUCACGUGGACUCCUGGCACGGAUGGAAUCAAGAUUGUUGUUGUGGACUGA